AUGGUAUAUGCAAGCAUGGGGCCACGCGCAACUGGCCUUUUGUCACAGACGCUACGAUUAUCCAUAGCUGCCAAUGCGUCUCGGCUUCCCGUUGCUGCCAGAAGAUGCAAAUCCGGUCCCUAUGGCUAUACUCAAGCCAAGGCGCUCGUCUUCUCUAAAUAUGGCGAGCCGUCCGAUGUCCUCAAGCUUCACACUCACUCUAUCUCUCCUUCAAUCUCGCAGUCUUCCAUCCUCGUCCGUUCCCUCGCCGCUCCGAUCAACCCAGCCGACAUAAAUACUAUACAGGGCACGUAUGGCUCUAAACCCACCUUCGCAUCGCUGAUUGGUACUGCCGAGCCAUCAGUCACGCCAGGAAACGAAGGGGUUUUUGAGGUUGUCUCGGUUGGUAGUGCUUCCAGAACAUGGCGAACUCAUGCUGUGGCAACUAAUCUCAAUUUCUCUCACGCCAGAGGCAAAUCCGCCACGACACUUGCAAGGGCUCUAGGUGACGGCGGUACUUUAGUCUCGUAUGGUGGCAUGUCAAGGCAGCCAGUCUCCCUACCCGUUGGACUUUUGAUUUUCAAGGACAUUCGGUUUGUCGGAUUCUGGCUUUCCGGUUGGAAUGAGCGAGAUGCGGUGGGCAAGAAGCACAUGGUUGAUGAUAUCCUUGAUAUGAUGCGGCAGGGCAAAUUUACGGAUGUCCCAAUCGAAGAGGUCCCAUGGAGUUGGGAUACUCAGGAAAAACAACUUCGGGAAGCCGUGCAGUCUGGACUCACAGGGUUUAGAUCUGGGAAAGGCGUCUUCUUAUUUGGUGAAACAUGA